GCUUAAGCCUCAACCUUCUCAUAUAUAAAAUUUCCCACGACUCACCUGCUCUGGUAUCGCUUAUGCAAAUAUCACCCUAGUAGUCUGAGAUGGGCGUUGAGGUAUUCGUUUGUAGAUCUUCCGUUGCCUCGUCCUUGAUCCUUACUAUUACUUAUUACUUCUCAAAAGGGAGGGAAGGAGGGAGGGGGAUAGGAUGUGUUUUCGGGGUCGUGGUUGUUUAGUGGAGGUUUCAUAUAUUGCAGCACUGGUCCGUUUGGAGACACCUGGCUUUUUUUCGAACCCAGUUUAGGGGCGGAGGGUGAGAUGAAGGUGUUGAGAGAUCGACGGAAACAAAGAGAGAGAGAGAGAGAGAGAGAGCUAGUAACAGUUAUUGAAUCGACGAUGUGUGUUUCUUUUCCAAAUAGCUACGAGGUUUGAUAGGUGUAGGUUGGUGCACAUGCUGCGAGAGAGCUGACAGGGGAGGUGGCGACUUGCCAGGGCAUAAAAGCGACAGCUAUAGGCCGGCGGGCAAAAUGGGCGUGGAGGAGAUGAAUGGACGUGGGUUGGAAGUGAUGAAAAGAAAGAGAUUUCUGCUUUCAAGACGGCGUGUAUGAGGAGAAGAAAAGGGAAGAGAAAAAAAAGAUACGUAUAAGAGCGGAAGGGGAAAGACAAGGAGGAAAGGAAAGAGACGGAGCUUGCUGCUAACGGUAAGCUUUGGAGCUCUGGAGCUCUCUGAGCUCUAUAUUUAAUCCAACAUAGCACAAAAACAUACAAUAUUGAAAUAAGAAGCCCUAACCAACACCAGCAGCGGAAAGUUUGCCGCUCUUCUGGCUUGCCAACUGCCAUACUGCCAUAUCACCAUUACCAGCAUCACCACCCUUGUCGAGCUACCUACCUGGGUAUGAUGCACGUUACUCCCAGAAAAAUUGUAACCGUAGAACUACGAAAACCUUCUUUGCUAAAGUUACCUACUUCAGCCGUCACUCCACUCUGGACGCUCCAUGUAGCCGUUAUAUACCUAGACAACCCUCCUCGCUCUCCAUCUGUCAACCAAGGGUCAGAAAGCCCCCAAGCUUUCCAGACCUUCCUUCACAUUCCUGUGCCCAUCUGGCGGUCCCCAUUGAGAGUUUGGUUCCCAGAGUCGAACCCAGAACCUUGCUUUUCCCCGUUCCUUUGACUUUUUCAUUUAUUGUAUAUUGUAUUAUCCCCAGCAGGUCUAUUAUGUUAUUUUCGGAAUAACAGAAGUAAUUUUCUGUUCAGUUGAAUCUCCACGACCUCAGCUUCAAAAACGAUCGAUGACGGCGAGCGCUUUCGACCAACCGCUAAAUUAUCACAACAGCCAACCCUUUUCCAGGAAUCCCAGCAUCUUUACGAAUAUAACUCCUGCGGUGAGUACAUACAUUCGCGUAAUAAUAGCCGUUAUUGCCAAUUUUACAUAGCAUUGCAAUUAUCAAGGAGCUGGAGUUCCAGCGCGAUAUGGCAACGGCAACAUCCCCCCACUACCGUCCAUACUAUACCAUAUAAUCAGGCUCCCCCGUCUGAAUCCCUCGUGCCAAGUGCCUCCGCCAACUACCGAAAUCCCGUCUCACGUCUCCGUAACCAGGAAUCGGUUUCCCAAUACCGAUUGCAACCGCUUGACUCUGAAAGCAGACUUCGCCUGCUCCGUCUGCCCGCGUGUUUGCUGUGGGCAACAACUCCCCGCAUAGUGGGAGAGGUCGAAAUCUUCCUGUGGGUUAGUGAGACAGAGAGUGGGUGGUCAUUAAUUGGUGACGGGCUAGGUAGGGUAGGGAGGAAGUCGAGUUUUAUUUAAUUGACGGAUUUACUUUUAAAACGUUGGUUUGAGAGCGGACGCCCUAUCCGUUUGCAUCACCACCACGAUCCCAGGCGCCCAUUGGAAGCGAGGAAAGAGGCUAUUUUCCUGCAAAAACAGAAGAAAACGAGUUUGCUCCCUGGAUGGGAAUAGGUUCUCCCGAAUCCUAUUGUAGUUUGAGGAGGGGAGUAAAGGCUUUGUUCAAUAUUCGAGGGGUACAGCUCAAUUGGCAGCGUUCGGUUUUUACGACGGACUUUCUUUGUUCUGGCAACGACUCUCGAACAACACACGGCAGCGACGCUUACUCUUGCAAUUUGUAACUUACAGAUUUGAUCAUCUGUAGUAAUAGCUUGUGCGGCAUCAGAUAGGGAAACACAAUCAUUUCCUCUUCCCCCCCGGGGCGACCUCAUCAUCCGGAUAUUUGUUCGCGUAUAUAACAACGUCACACUACUACCACUCCCUGCUCCACUACUCCUGUCACCAUGGGUAGACCACAGCUUUAUUCUCCCCGCCAACCGGAUAGCCCCUCGAGGCAGCUUAUACGAGAGCUUGCAAAAGACCUAGAGCAGGUCCGUCUACACAACAACGAGCUCAAGAAAGUACGGGCCUACGAGCGCAAAUCCUUCUAUGAAAAGCUAGACCGUCUAGAUCGGGAGAAGGAAGAGGUACACAAUGCAGCUCUGACAGCUGCAGCUGCCAAGCGUGAUGCUCUUAGGCUUGAGGCUGAGGAGACUUUGCAACUCCAUCUACGUGCAGAGCAGGAGGAAAGAAGACGGAAAGAGGAGCUGGAAAAGCAGAGGAGGGAGAAAAUUGAGCGGGAAAAGGCGGAGAGGGAACGGUGGGAACGGGAGGAGGCUGUGCGGGUGGAAGCUUUGAAGAGAGCUGAGGAAGAGGAGAAGAGGAGGAAGGCUGAGGAGGCUGAAAAGGCGCUGACGGCUGCGAAGGAAGCAAAGGCUCAACAGGAACGGGAACGCGUGGUGCAGGAACAGAAGAAAAAGGAGGAAGCUGCGCAGGAGCUGGCCAGAACCAAGGCAGCAGAGAACAAACAGAUACAGCAGCAGCAGCAGCAGGAGGAGGCAGAUCAAGCGUCAGCUGCAACAAAAGCCCUGGGAGCCGCACACCGUACUCCCCAACAAAUCGCGGAGCAUCAACGAUACCUAGAGCUGCAUCAGCAUCUCAAGAAGUUUCGACAGUACAUGGUCGGUGAAACGAAGAAGAAUCCAAUUCUGAAACAGCAUAUGGGUGACAUGCGCCGGACGAUAAAGAAAUGCGUUGGCCAGCUCGUCGUGGAUGACAAGGUCGCAAACCGCACUCCUACCAACGAAAUAACCACAGUCCUCAAGAAAGCCCUAAUCCUCACCGAACCCUCUGUCGACAUACGCCAAUUCCUCGCAUUCCCCCCGCAACAACUCAACGCCGGCACCAACGAAGCCGAAACCAAAGCCCCCGCCCUCCUCCUCUACCUCCUCAACAUCUUCUCAAAGGCCAUAAUUGCCCAACUCAUCGCCGAAGCCGGCAUAACGCCCAAAUACGCCGAGCCCCUAGGGGUCCUCACCGCCCAAAUCUUCUCCAUGGAAGCCUUCACCUACAACGGCAUCUCAAUGAUCGACCUCCUACUUGCAAAAUACCAUGCCAUCUGCCCCGUCCUGUGGGGGUUCUAUGGCAACGAGGCCACGAGCGAUGGCAAACUGGCCGUCGGAUGGUGGCGAGAGCGUGACGGUGAAUCGCCCGGACGCUUCGUAUCGCCGCAGACACACGAGGAGCGCAUGAUCGGCCUCGGUGCCGGGUUUGCGGCGAUAUCGCUCCGGAAUUUCUCAAAGACGACGCGCAAGAACCCCGUGCCGAACACGCACUUUUGGUCCGCGUGUGCUAAUAUCUUGAAUGUCCCGGCUGGUGAAGUGCAGGAUACGCAUUUGCUUGUGCUGAGUGCGCUGCUGAGGCAUUCUGCGGUGAGGAUUGUGGGGUUUUGGGGGGAUUUGGGGCUUGCGUUGUUGCGGAGGGCUGUUGUGGAGUUUCCGGCUGGGUUGGGGGAGAGGAAAAAGGGGGCGGCGAGGGCAGGGGUGGAGAUUUUGAGAGAUCUUUUUGUUAGGGAGAGGUGUAUUUUGCUUUAAGAGGGGGGCUUGCCAGAUGGUAGCUUUCUUUCUUCUUCUUCUUUUUUCUUUUUUGGAUCAUGUUUACGAACUAGGAGUGGAGAUAGCGAAUGUGGUGGUGUUUUAAUGUCGUGUUUAGCGGACGGGUAUUCCAUCUAUUUUAUCUCCUUUCCCAUAGAGCCAGAAGAAGCUCAUCGGGAUGUGAUUUGUUACAGGACUACUGGAUGAUUUCCGCACCCCAUAUUUUUCCCUCAUCAUUAUGUGUUAGAUAGCUUAGCACAAACCUUGAUAGUUAACGGAGGUCCGUAGGAGAGCAAGCGAUAUCACACCUGGACAACAUCUACCUGUACAUCCACGGAGUACUGUGCAUGUACCAAUGCUAAUCGGAUCCAGUGCCAGAUAGCAGCGUUAACUGCUGUAUCUAGACACCCGUAUUGGGCAUGUCCGUUACUUGGAAGCAACCGGUCUCAUGGAUACCAUAGCCUAUGUAGACUCUCAGUUCAAAGAUAAAAACUAUAAGAUAAAAACAAAAAGGCAAAAUUAAAAUUAAAAUUAUAUGGCAAUAAAAGCUAAAAAGAUCCAACCGGUUACUUUUAAGCUUUCUGACGAUUUCCACCUACUAGUUAAUCAAAUUCAGCAAUUGUUGGUGGGAAUAGAUGAAAGUUAAAGGCGUAUCUUAUAGUUUCUAUCUCGAAAGGGAAAAUGCUCGAAGAGCAGUAGUUUGAGAGAGAUCAGAUCUAGUAAUGUGAGCAAUAAGGGAAAUAUAAGAAAGAUACUUGGUGUACGGAAUCACUUCAUAUGCAUGAAGAGAAGGGUAUCAUAUCCUCUGCAUUAUGAAGUGUAGAAGACUAACUACUAGAAAUUAGUAGUACAUUCUCGUUGACAACACUCAAGAGAAA